CACUUCCCGGCUUUUCUCACCAGGGCGAACGCCAACUCAAGAGUGACUAUUGGGUGACACUUGAUCGGCUCUUCAUGGCCUACCCGGGAUAUGGAGGAGGGUUUGGAAAUUUUAGUGGUCAGAUGCCAGGAAUGCAAAUGCCAGGAACAGGUCCAAACAUGUUCCCUGGUGGUUACUCUGGGUACCCAGCAUAUUCAGACAAUUAUUCUUCAGCUGAUGAUGCUAUGUGGAAYUAUUUCACUGCUGUUGCUGGACAGGAUGGUGAAGUGGAUGCUGAGGAACUUCAGAAAUGUUUGACACAGUCUGGAAUCAGUGGAACUUAUUCUCCCUUCAGUUUGGAAACGUGCAGAAUUAUGAUUGCCAUGUUGGAUAGAGAUUACACAGGAAAAAUGGGGUUUAAUGAAUUCAAGGAGCUUUGGGCAGCUCUUAAUGCCUGGAAACAGAACUUCAUGACCAUUGAUCAAGACCGAAGUGGCACAGUAGAGCAUCAUGAGCUGAGUCAAGCCAUUGCUAUUAUGGGCUAUAGGCUGAGUCCUCAAACGUUAACUGCUAUUGUUAGACGUUAUAGUAAGAAUGGCAGAAUUUUCUUUGAUGAUUACGUUGCUUGCUGUGUGAAGCUUCGAGCAUUGACAGAUUUCUUUAGGAGAAGAGACCACUUGCAACAAGGGUGUGUGAACUUAAUUUAUGAUGACUUUUUGCAGGGGACCAUGGUAAUUUGAAUGCCUUGUAUUUGAAAGCAGAAGAAAUACUGUGAAUUUGUUUGCUUGGAAGAAGUGAACUGGACUAACUUAAAUUAAAACUCUGGGUGCUUUUUCUGAUCCUACUUGUUUAAUUUUUUUCCUAACUAUGUGUUUUUACUUUAAUCCAUAGUUCAAAGCAAGAAAAGAUAGAGAAAGAUUGUUUUUUUUCAAAAGUUAUCAUUUUGCAAAUAUCUGCACACUGUUGUAGAAUAUUGGCACAGAAUUAAUUGGUGUCAAAACUUCUUACCCUUAAUUUUUAACAGUGAAAACCUAGAGGAAUGUACUAAUGAAAUUAUGUAAGAUUAUGUAAAGAAGCCAAAUGACUAAAGCUUAGAUAAAUUUAUACUUAUAUGAGAGAUACAGAUUACACUUUUGAAUUGUAUUUGUAGAGGGAGGUGUUUGAGGGUCAGCUAGAAGGGAAAGUCUGGAUUUUGUGCCAUCUUUGUAGUAGGAUUUGUUCUUUGAUCACAUAAUCAAAGAACAUAACCUUUUAGGUUUUUGCCUAUGAAGAAGAAAAUUGCAGUUACUACAAAUGUAUCCUAAUUUGAAUCUAUAGAAAAAAAACUACAGUAGGCAUUGCUUUUCCUUUUUAAAAUUUUUUUGCA